AUGUCUCUCAGCGGCAAAGUGGCAUUGGUCACUGGCGGCGGAAAGAAUCUAGGCGCCGAUACGGCUCGACAACUGGCCAAGGAAGGUGCCACGUUGGCAAUUCACUACAACUCCGCGAAAAGCAAGGCAGAGACGGAGGCAUUUGUCGCGGCGUUGCAGAAGGAUGGCACCAAGGCCUCGAUUCACGUUGGCGACUUGACCUCAGCAGCCGCAGCCGAGAAGCUGUUCUCUGAAGUCACGCAGCAACAUGGAAAAGUCGAUAUUAUGGUAAGCACCGUGGGUAUGGCCUUGAAGAAGCCCAUCGUCGAGAUCAGUAAAGCAGAAUACGAUGUCAUGUUUGCAGUCAAUUCCAAGGCGGCAUUCUUCCUCCUCAAAGAGGCAGCCAAGCACAUUCAAGAAGGUGGCAAGAUCGUGACCGUCGUCACAGCUCUACUGGGCGCGUUCACUGGCUUCUAUACCUCGUACGCGGGCAGCAAGGCUCCCGUUGAGCACUUCACUCGCGGAGUGGCCAAGGAGCUCGCAGAUAAGAAGAUAUCGGUCAACUGUAUCGCACCAGGACCUAUGGAUACACCUUUCUUCUACCCACAAGAAACCCCCGAGGCUGUGGCUUUCCACAAGACCCAGGCACGUGCCAGGGCAUGGUGA